UUCAGGGCGCUACCAUUGAAAGAACCUUCACACGAGCUCCCCGCUAUUGGUGGUUUUAGAAAUCAGUCUUGAAUCAUGCUUCAGCGCCAGUCGGCGUGUAGAGGGUUACUGAAAUAUUGCUCAAUGUUUAGACUGAAGAAGUAGGCUUUUGUGAUACUUAAAGGGUUUAUACUUUUGAUUAAUUACCGCUCCCUCGCUGUUUACACGUGACUUGUCUUAGUUGCAGCCAUGACUUUUAUUUCAAAAGUGUUAAAACUCGUGGUGGUGCUCGGAGUGCUGACAUUGCUUGUUCUGUACAUGCAGUACUGGUUGGGGAACAAACAGUAUGUGUUCAACAAGGACGAUGUUGCAAAGCUGGCCAAGCAGUAUGCAGGACUGGAUCAUGAGAUGGCUUUCUCCAAAGUUGUGGUGGAGUUGAGGAAGAAGUAUCCUGGCCAUAUACUUCCAGAUGAGGACCUGCAAUGGGUAUUUGUAAAUGCUGGUGGUUGGAUGGGCUCCAUGUGUCUGCUCCAUGCUUCCCUCACAGAAUACGUCUUGCUUUUUGGAACUGCAGUGGACACUGGCGGUCAUUCAGGUCGCUACUGGGCUGAAAUCUCUGACACCAUUAUCUCUGGUACUUUCAGACAGUGGAAAGAGGGGACGACAAAAAGUGAAGUUUAUUAUCCAGGUGAUACUGUUGUUCAUGCAGUAGGUAAAGCUACAUCAGUCCAGUGGAGUGCUGGUACCUGGAUGGUGGAAUAUGGCCGAGGAUUCAUUCCUUCCACAUUAGGAUUUGCACUAGCUGAUACAGUCUUUAGCACUCAGGACUUCCUCACUUUGUUUUACACGGUUCGGGUUUAUGUGAAAGGAGUGCUGCUACAAGCGAAUACAUUGCUAACUGAGACUCUGUGGUAAAAUUAAGUUUCUAGCAGACAGUGGUUUGCAAUGUGUAUGAUAACUACUGGUAUUCUUGGGAUCUGCGCAUUUUGUAGACAAACAUGGGCAGUCUGAUUGUUUUCAAGGGUAGUAUGAUGAACACCCUACUCUGCCAAACGAUACAUUUAAAUACAAAUUAAGAAUGUUUACAGCUUCAUUUUUUAAAAUUUGAAGUUUUAGUUAAUUUAGUUAUUCAAUUAAAAAUGUUGAAUGUGGAAUAUCUGGCAUAUCCAAAACAUAAAACUGGGUGAACUCAGUUCAGUUAUAAGUUGUGUAUGUGGAAAUAUUUACUGUGUAUUUUCAUCUAACAUUUAUACUUUGGCCAUGCAACAUACUUUAUGUUCUGGACCCUGAGCAUUUCUGGGUUGCUUUAAUAACAUAACUGGUAACAUUUUUACUAAUUUUAAUCAAUGUAUUUUUGUCUCUAUUAGUAUAUGUUAAAGUAUUACUUCCCAGUAACAGUUUGAAAGAUGAUUGAAUAAUGCAUCAGACUUGUUCUACAUAAAUCAAAAUUGUAAUGUUUUGCAAAUAAAGUGAUGCUAAUAAAA